AUGUCCAAGUUGUUAAUCCUGACUUCAAUUGCUCUUGUUGCUUUCGCGUUGUGCCAUCCGGGUGGUAAGGGACCUCACGGAGGUCACGGAGGUCAUGGAGGCCAUGGAGGUCAUGGUGGACUAGGAAAGUUCUUACCACCAUUUCUCCGAAAUGAUAGUGCAGAAGGAAGACGCGAGUACUUUGAUAUUCUGAGAAAUGGCAAUCUCACCAUCAACGAGGUCGAUGCCCAAGUCGACGAAUGGGCUUCCGCCAACGGCGUGUCGGAUCUCUACCAUGAGUUCGAAGCCAACAAAACUGCCCUCGAAGAGGAGAUCAAGCAAAAUUUGACGAAUGUUGUCAAUAAUUUGCCGAGUGUCCAAUCUUCAAUUGAGGCGGUCCUUUCGAAUAAGGACCAAACGUUCAAACAACAGAGAGAAGCUCUCGAACAGAUCAGAAAGCAAAACCCAAAGGAAGUUGAUGUAUUGGCCUUCAUUGUUUUGCCACCCAGACCAUCACCACACGGACCACCACCGCCGCCACCACCAAAGUAUCCUGAAGAGCACAUCGACACUCUAUUUGUCAUUGUUUUGUUCGUCGUCUUAUUCAUUAUAGCGCUCAUCAUUACGAUUUGCACAAUUUACAAAUGUGUUAAGAAUAAGAGAAAAACGUCGCCAACGGUUGUUGUGAGCACAAGAUCUGAACGCAAGGCGAGAACCAAAGGAAGAUCGCCGGCGAAGAAGCGGAGAGACGGCGCCGUGACGACGUCGCCAAAGAAUCGCAAGAGUUUGAGGGAGAAGAAACAAUUUGCCGAAGAAGAAGCCGCUGUUGCUGCAGCAGUUGUAGCUCUUCCACCAAUGACUCCAGAAGAGCCCAAAAUCGAAGAUAUGAAGGAGGAAGAAGUAACACAGAAGGAGCAUGAUGAUGAAAAGAAGGAGUCGCCGGAAUUCGAAUCCCAAAAGAUCGGAGGCAAGGCGCCGCCGAACGACGAAAACGAAGAAGUUACCGUAAUCGUUGGAUUUGGUAAUGCAUGGGAAAUGAAGCCAAAGAUUCCUGCUGAAUUCUCGUUUUCAAUUGAAUCUGAGUAA